CUGAGCGUACAGAAAACUGUGAGGGGGCUGAGUGCGAUGCUGGGGUGCGCUGUGGCGGUGGUGGAUGUCAACGACCUCAUGAAAGUGAAGAUCCUCGCCGCGUCAGCAGGGGUGGACCAUGGGAGGCUCACAACAGCGCUGCUGCCCAACCCAGCAGCGUCUGCGGCGGGCGCGGCGUGGGCUAGCGAUCCCGCGGAGUGGCGGAAUGCGGAGGUGGGGACGGCGGAGGGGGCGCGGGAGCGGACGGCAUUGGGGGGCGGCGCAUUGGAAGAAGCGGGGACGUAUGACGUGGCAAGCAAUGAGAGGUGGCUUUCUCAGGAGAAGGCUCGGCUGCUGACAGUGCAGGGCGGCAAGGUCCCAGGGGGGCUGCUGUUGACACGUGGCAGCUGGCAAUGGGAGGAGAGAGGCCCGUCGCUGUACCGCCUCGUGGGGGUCAUGAGUUUCCACAACACGACGCGCAAGCAGGAGAUUUUCAUCCCACAUGUGACGGCGAGCGUGGUGCUGCUCUCCUCCCACUACCUCCACGGCAUCUCCACUCACGUCUCUAUCGCUCCACGCCAUCCGGGCGGCAAGCCUGCCGCCCGAGCGGAUGGCUACUGGCCGGCGUACAUCACGCGGGCGGGCAAGGGCACCGCCAUGGAGGUCACUGUUGAGAUCCGGGCGGCAGACUCAGUCGACGCAGCAGCACUCUCGCACCUCAAGGCGGCCAGGCUGGACGUGCAUUACCCGGCGUACGGGCCACAUGGCAGCCUGCCAUUGGUGCAGCACGUCAUCCUGCCCCUCGCCUUCCCCCCCUGCCCGCCCCCAUCCGCUCCUCACGCCCCUCAGUGGCGCAGCAUAGCACCAGGCAUAUCAGUGCUGGCGGUCCCAACGCACCUGCUGUGCCACCUUGACGACCCGCUUCUCGCGCUGCGACGCUACGCAGCGCCAUAUCUCCAACCAGGCGACGUGGUGACACUUGGCGAGACCCCAUUGGCUAUCAUGCAGGGUCGCUUCCGCCACCCAGACUCCUUGUGCGCGGGCCCAGUGGCCCGUUGGGCGUGCCGCCGCUUCCUGCCCACCUCCUCCCUCGCCACUGCGUGUGGCAUGCAGGCCCUUAUCGACGUGGUGGGGGUGGUGCGCGUGAUAGUGGCGGUGCUGCUGGCGGCACUGGCGAGGCUGCUGCUGGGAAAGAGGGGUGUGUUCUACCAGCUGGCAGGGGAGCAGGCACGGCUAAUCGACGACGUCACGGGGACUCUCCCUCCUUACGACCAGUUCAUCACCCUCGGGCCUCUGCGACCGCAGGAGACGGUGGAUGGGCUGAGUGCGAAGCUGGGGUGUGGCGUGGCGAUAGUCGAUGUUAAUGACCUCAAGAAAGUGCAGAUCCUCGCUGCAUCAGCAGGGGUGGACCAUGGGAGGCUCACAACAGCGCUGCUCCCUAACCCAGCAGGAAACGCGGAGGAGCAGACUCCAAUAGUCAUUGUGCGUGGAUGCAGCAUGUCAUGA